AGAUUCAUGUUUUUCAAGGAAGUUGAGUUGAAAGUUUUCAAGUGUUUCUUCUUUAGUUCUUUCUUGAUUCAGAGAAUAGUAAUUAUUUUGAGUGAUAUGUGAGAUGUAAAGACAAUUGGAUCAUACGUGUUAAGUUUGAAACAAUAUCUACAAAAUGAGGUGAUAUCCACAGCCACAAUACUCGCUGAGCUGUUGACCUUGACCUUGAGGCAUCCCACACAAGACUGAGCGACACCUACAACAGCUAUCCAGCAGCUAUUCGGAUGUUCAACAGGCUGCCCAGUGGAGUGAGAAAUUUUUCACGAGACAAAUUGUUAAGCACAGUGAUGCAGAAGUUGAACGAUAGGCCACGCUACUCAUUUGCUGAGCUUGAGGAUGAGCACCUUUUUUGAAGCAGUUCUACUCCAAAAUGGCUACCAACCAACUUUGUUCGUGACACUGUCUAUCUUGAAUCCCCAGUCUUCGACAACGACAACAAGGUGUCAAAAGAGAAAGUCACUGGGAAGUAGAAGAAACAAAGCGAGUUCUCAACGACCUUGCAAUUUUUUCUUCAAAAUGAUGUCUUUCAUACGUUUCUUAUUCGAUCGCUUCAUUGAUUAUAUAUUCAGAUGCGUAUAUUGUGAUUUUGGAAUGGACCACAAACGCUUGCCACAAGUCAAGGAUACACUUCUUACAGAAAGUGCCUUAUCUUUGGCUAGUAAGAUAAGAAAUAGAAAGGUGACCUCUGAACACGUUGUGAAGUUAUUCAUUGAGAGAGCCAAAGAAGUCAAUCCGUUCAUCAACGGACUCGUACAAGAUAGAUUUGAGGAAGCAUUGGAAGAAGCUCGAAAUGUCGACAAACUCAUUUCGGAAUCCACUGAUUUGGCGGCUCUAGAAUUGUCGAAACCAUUCCUUGGUGUUCCAUUCACCUCCAAAGAAAGCACUGCUGCAAAGGGUUGUAAUUUCAGUUUUGGAUUGUUGUCAAGAAAAGGCUGUAAGGCGAGAGAGGAUGCUGACAUUGUAAAGAAAACUAAAGACUCUGGAGCUAUCCUGAUCGGCGUUACCAAUGUCCCCGAAUUGAAUCUCUGGUCUGAGACAAGGAACAAUGUCUACGGUCAAACCAAUAAUCCCUUUAAUUUCACCAGAACAGUGGGUGGAUCUUCUGGUGGAGAGUCAAGCUUGAUAACAUGCUGUGGAACUGCUUUUGGACUUGGAACUGACAUCGGUGGUUCCUCAAGGAUGCCAGCCUUUUAUUGUGGCAUUUUCGGACAUAAACCAACCUCAGGUUUAACAUCGUCUCGAGGAAUGACUUUCAGGAAAGGGACUGAGAAAAACUCGAUGGUAUCGGCGGGUACUAUGACAAAGUAUGCCGAAGACAUUACACCCUUGCUCAAAGUUCUGAUUGGUCCUGAAAAUAUACCGAAAUUGAAAUUGGAUUCCGAGGUUGACAUUUCGAAAGUGAAUGUAGUGUACGUUGAAGAGCCGGGCGACAUGCGGGUGAGUCCUGUCUCGGACACACUGAAGUGUGCGGUGCGUAGGUCUGUCAACCAUCUGGCCACCUUGACUGAGACUGAACCUAGACACAUUUCAAUUGCAGGAUUUAGACACAGCUAUUCGUUGUGGCGUCACGCUAUGACCAAAGAAGAAGGCAAUUUCCCCUUUGAUCUUGGAAAUCGAGAGAGAACAAUUUCGCUGUGGAGUGAGUUACCAUUCCUGCUGACUGGUAGUACACAGUUCACACUUCCAUCGUUGAUGCGCUUGUGGGAUAUGAAAAUGCCCAAAACUGACAAAAAGUGGGCUGAAAGAGAAACCUCAAAACUUCUAAAACAGCUUCUGGAAGAAUUGGACAGCAACGGCGUUCUCAUCUUUCCAAGUUGUCCUGAUACAGCACCUUACCAUUACGCUACAUUCUUCCGUCCGUACAACUUCUCUUAUUGGGCUAUUUUCAACGUUCUGAAUCUGCCCGUCACUCAGGUUCCUUUGGGAGUUGAUAAAACUGGAUUACCAAUCGGAGUUCAGGUUGUGGGAGCGCCCUACCAAGACCAUUUGUGCAUUGCUGUAGCCCAAGAGUUGGAAAGAGCAUUUGGAGGUUGGGUCUCACCAUCUUCUGUAUGCCAAUAUUAGUAAUUCAAACUUAUUCAUUCCAAUUGGGCUGUGAACUUUUAUUAUUUUUAUAGAAAAACUUCAUCAGUAUUAAUUUGGAAAAUAUGACUAAGUAUUUGAAACCAAAUAGAUCGGCCUUAGUUACUUAUCAAGUAAGAUAAAUUAAUAAUAGCAAAGAUGCUUGGGAUACAUACUCAGUAAAGAGUAUUAUCACUGGUUAUUAUAUUGUUGAUAAAGGGUAGUAAAGUUCUCAUGUAAAUGUAAUCAAAAGGUUUUUUCUAUUAUAUCUAAACAUGAUAUUCAAGAGGCUAUUGGGUUAAUACGCCGAAUGCACAAAAGGAAUGUAACAUUUAAGUAUAGAACAUUGUACGAACUUGUGGCCAGUACUUUGUGUUGUGAAUUGUUUUAUUAAUAAAACAUUUUUGUUCUAUUC